AUAAUUAUGGGCGCCCCUUGUCUUGAGCGCCCACCUGUACCGGCCGCCCGCGUCCCCAUUUACAAUUCAACAUUUGUUCCUACUCGCAAAGACAUCACCCUCACCCCGCGCUCGGUCCCCGUCUCCAUCUCCACCGAAACCAAUCUCCCGACUUCCCGAGCGUCUCGUAUCGUAUCCAUAGGCUGCACCACACCGCACCGCACCUCUCACCUCGGUGCACAGCGGACCGGCGCAGCUCUGCAGUUCGUUUGGUGGCGCGCCUUUACUGCCGCCCAACCCCAUGGCGGUUUAAUUGCCUCUGCCCGCCUGCCCUCCCUCGCUCGCUAUCUCAAUCCCUCGCUCGGGUGCUCCUGCCGCGGCGCCCCAGCCUGCGCCUGCGCCUGCCAGAACUAAUGCGGUGACCCACCGACGACGCGCGCAUUCACGCCCCAGCUACCACCGCAUCCGCGCGCAGGAGAUGGGCGAGAGGAGGAGGCGCGCGACCGCCGUCGCCGGCGGGGACGGCCGGGCGGAGGAGAAGGCCGCGGCGCCGGCGCCGACGGUGUGGUUCGCGCUCAAGAAGUCGCUGCAGUGCCGGUCCCAGUCGUCGGAGGUGCACGUGCCCAAGCCCAAGGCCAGCGCCACCUCCGGCGCCGGCGGUGGACUGUCAUCCAUCGUGACCAAGCGCGCGGCGCGGUCCGGGUGCUCGCGCUCCAUCGCCAACCUGCGGGACGUCAUCCACGGGAGCAAGCGCCACCCGGGGCAGCCGCCCAGCUGCAGCCCGCGGUCCAUCGGCAGCAGCGAGUUCCUCAACCCCAUCGCGCACGAGGUGGUGCUCAGCACCAACUCCCGCUGCGAGCUCAAGAUCACCGGCUUCGGCGGCGGCCUCGGGGCGGCGGGGGGAGGAGGAGGGCCCGCGCACGACGCGGAGGGCGGCGGCGAAGGCGGCGGCGUCGUGUCGUCCUUCGUGGGCACGCUCCGCCCCGGCACGCCGGGGCCCGGCUGGAGCCACGGGCUGCAGUACAGCGGGUCGUGCCGGGCGGGCAGCAUGCGGUGCACGCCGCCGAGGUCGCCGAACCCGCUCCUGGACAGGGACGGCGCGGCCGCGACCACGGCCACGGCCCACCGCGCGUCCUGCGAGGUCGACGCCGCCAAGACCGGCGGCGGCAAGGGCUCCGGCGGCCUCAGCUGCCACAGGUGCGCCGAGCAGUUUGGCAAAUGGGAGGCGCUGGAGGCGCACCACCUGUCCAAACACGCAGGUGAGGAUGGCAUCUGCACUGCAUUGCUUCUGUUGGUGGUGGUGGUACUGCUUCAGAUCGACCCGGACACCCGGCCGGUAGAUCUUCAGGUGACGGAGCUGGUGGAGGGGGACUCGUCGCGGAAGAUCGUGGAGAUCAUCUGCCGGACGAGCCUGCUCAAGUCGGAGAGCAGCUGCGUGCGGAUCGAGCGCGUGUUCAAGGUGCACAACACGCAGCGGACGCUGGCCCGCUUCGAGGAGUACCGGGAGGCGGUGAAGCUCAAGGCGAGCAAGCUGGCCAAGAAGCACCCGCGCUGCCUCGCCGACGGCAACGAGCUGCUGCGCUUCCACGGCGCCACGCUCGCCUGCGCCCUCGGCUCCGCCGGCGCCAGCAGCCUCUGCGCCUCCGACAAGUGCGCCGUCUGCCGCAUCAUCCGCCACGGCUUCUCCUCCUCCUCCUCCUCCAACUCCUCCUCCAAGAAGGACGGCAAGGCCGGCGUCGGCGUCUUCACCACGUCCACCAGCGGCCGGGCCUUCGAGUCCGCCGACGAGGCUGCCGACCAGCAGGACGACCCGGCGGCGCGGAGGGCGCUGCUGGUGUGCAGGGUGAUCGCCGGGCGGGUGCACAAGCCGCUGGAGAACGUGAGGGAGUUCGUGGGGCAGGCCGGGUUCGACUCGCUGGCCGGCAAGGUCGGGCCCUACGCCAACAUCGAGGAGCUCUACCUGCUGAACCCGAGGGCGCUGCUCCCCUGCUUCGUGGUCAUCUGCAAGCCAUGAUCAUCGACCCCAUUCCCGCGCUAACCGAGCUUCUCUGAAUUAACCAUUCUUUUUCUCUCUCGGUUGCCUGCCACUGCCACUCUGUUAACGUUUGCACGGGCCAUGACGCGGUGCGGCUGCCUGCUGGUAGCAUCGGCCAGACGCGUUUUGUCCAUACUCCUGUGAAUGUACGUGAAUGCCUUCACGUGUAGGAGCUGAUCGCCUCACCGUUUUCCUUUCCCGGUGGUCACGACGCAGGCCGUGCUAAUUUGCUAGACGACAUGGGCGCAAACCAGCGAUUGCUUUUGGUACGUGCUCCGUUUUGUUGAUAGCAGGAGCGCUUUGCAUGCGUGCUCGUCUGGCUA